AUGGCUCUUUCCGACCUGUCUACUACGAGCUAUGGCCGAAGACUUAUUGUUUCGUUGAUUGAUACCUAUGCAGAAGAAACUCCGCAAAGAAUAUGGGCUUCCGUGCCGCGAAAUGAGUCCGAUCUCACUGAGGGAUUCGUCGACAUCACCUUCAGAGAGUUCGCAAACGCUAUCAACAAUGCCGCUUGGUGGCUAGAUAGCAUUCUCGAUUCUGGCCGCGGGGAUUUUGAAACAUUUGCUUAUGCUGGGCCAAAGGACAUACGAUAUCCUGUUCUUGCUGUAGCAGCUGUCAAAGUUGGUAGAAAGAUAUUACUACCGUCGCCUUUUGCAACUCCAGAAGCUCAAGAACAUGUACUUAAGGUCACGGAUUGCAAGGCCUACCUACGUCCUACUUCAAUGGCUACACUUGUCCAGAGUAUUGUCAGAGAAGGAUCAAACAUGAAAAUCGUAACUGUGCCGGAAUUGCAAGAGUGGAUGCAACCAAAAUCGCAACUAUACCCUUACAACAAAACCUGGGAAGAGGCUAUGCUAGAUCCAUGGAUCGUUUUCCACACUUCUGGGACAACUGGCUUGCCUCGACCGAUCACUUAUACCAACUUAAUGAUGACGUCUCUCGAUAUUGCUCAAACGAUGCCAGACGCAAAUGAGGAGACUACAAACACCCAUUUCAGUAAUGAUCGCUGGUAUACGCCAAUGCCUACCCUUCACUUCAUCGGAAUGACUGUAACUCUACAAAUGACAGUCUUCCUAGGAACUAUCGUAGUAUUCGGUCCAUCGACCGGCCCGGCUACUACCCAGACAGUAGACCUGAUUUUCCAACAUGGUAAUGUUGCAGGAGCUAUGUUACCACCAUCGCUCCUUGAAGAUCUCUGCAAAGACCAAGAUAUGCUAGGUCGUGUGCGGAAGCUGAAAUAUGUGCAUUUCGCAGGCGCGCCACUUAAUAAAGUAGCCGGUGAUAAGAUCUCAAAGUAUGUUAAUCUAAUGCCUGCAAUUGGAAGUACAGAAGCCGGUCCAUACUUUCCACGCGUUCGCAAUGAUACAGAUUGGGAAUACUACAGUUUCCGGCCUAGUAUGGGAGUAGUAUUUGAACAACAGACCAAGGAAUUAUACGAGCUUGUAAUUCAUCGCAACAAACUAUACGAACGUUGGCAACAAGUCUUUUACGUUUACCCUGAGCUUGACCGUUUCCCUACCAAAGACCUGUGGAAUAGGCAUCCUGUUGAGCCUGACUUGUGGGCAUAUGCGGGGCGUACUGAUGAUCUCGUCAUUCUUUCCCACGGGGAAGACCUUUACGCGUCAAAAAUGGAGGCCGAAAUCACAAUGGAUCCAAUGAUUCGCGCUACGCUGCUCGGCGGCGAAGGUCGUCCGAAGCCUUUCGUAAUCAUUGAACUCAUCGAGGACGCUGAAUUUCCAGCAACGGAAGUGGCCAAACAGGCUUUGAUCGAAAGCCUGUGGAGUGCGGUGGAAAGGGCUAAUCGCCUGUGUUCUGAGUAUGUAAAGAUCGAGAAAUCUCUCGUUCUCAUAGUUAAUCCUCAGAAGCCGCUCGCGAGGACGGCAAAGUCGAAUGUGGCUAGAAGGGAGAGCCUUGCGCUAUACAAAGUGGAAAUCGACGCCUUCUUUCUAGGUGUUGUUAAUGCUCAGGUGAAAAAGGCUCGAGAUUAUAAAUUCAGCUUACAGGAUAAAUGA